CUAUAAAUAGUUUUUCUGGCAAUUCCUGUUAAAGCGAAAGCUGUCGGGCUUAUGGGCAGUUGGAUAUCAUCAAUAGUGUUCUACCUAUUACGGACUUUGGAAGGGAGCACCUGUAAAAGUGGCAGAAGCGAAAGCAAGCAUGUCAUCACCAUUUGACCUGAAGUCCUUUCUAACGGAAAGCAGCUGGACAAACGCCUUACAGGAAGUGUUCAAAGAGCAGUAUUUUGAAGACCUCCAGAAAAAGCUGGAGCAAGAUUACUCAGGAGCAAAGCAGAUCUUUCCUCCAAAAGAAAAGAUUUUUAAUGCUUUUAACCUGACCCCAAUUGACAAGGUGAGAGUUGUGAUCCUUGGACAAGACCCAUACCACGAUGAUGGGCAGGCGGAAGGGCUGGCGUUCUCGGUGCCUGAUGGACUGGCUGUUCCUCCGUCUCUAAAGAACAUCUUCAGGGAAUUGACAACAGACAUCCCAGGGUUCAAGACGCCUGCUGGCGGAAGUCUAGAGAAAUGGGCUGUACAAGGAGUGUUCCUUCUCAAUGCUACACUCACUGUGGAGGCACACACUCCUAACUCACAUAAAGGCUAUGGCUGGCUGAAGCUGACUGACCAGGUCAUCAAGAUCAUCAGUGAUCAGUGCCCAUUUGUCGUUUUCAACCUCUGGGGAAACUUUGCUCAGGAAAAGGGCAAAGUAAUUGAUGAUAAUAAGCACAAAAUCAUUAAGAAUGCUCACCCCUCCCCACUAAGUUUUACCAGGUUCGCAGGCUGUAAGUGUUUCUCUGCCACUAAUGAUGCUCUGCAGAAGAAAGGGUUCUCUCCAAUAAACUGGUCUCUGGAGUAACAGGAGCUGUAGCAGCUGGGUCAUGAAGUCACAUAACUGUAGUAUUUCAGGGC